UUCAGGCAAGCAAAAUGGAGGGACAUUAAUACUGUUGCCAUGUUUUAUCUUUAAAAGAUUCCUUCACAAUUUCAUUGUUUACUGAUACUGCAGCUUAACAAUCAUGUGUUGCUAGGCAAGGCAAAUUGCAGCAGAAAUGAGUACACCUGGCAGUGGCCCAACUGGGGCCAGCCCCUCUCCAGUAGGUGGCAGCACACCUAUCCGGCAACCAGGAACUCUUGCUGAUACCAUCAGACAGGUUGAACAGAAAAUAGCUUCCUAUGGUCCUGGUCCUCACAGCAUCAAACAUCAAGAGGAGAUUAGCAAGCUUAAUCAACUACGGGCUAAAGCCAAAGAACAGAUGUUUGCCCAGAAAUCUCAGGUGUCAGAAGGUGCCUCUGCCUCUUCCCUCAAUAGUCUUGGUGGUGCGUCUGUACCCAUUCGUCCAGCACCACAGGGACCAGGUGGGUUAAUGCUGGGUGAGAGCAGGGUGCUGGACAAGCGGAGGCUCCAGGAAUUAGUCAAGGAAGUUGAUCCAUUGGAGCAACUGGAUGAAGAGGUGGAAGAGGUUCUUAUGCAUAUAGCAGAUGACUUUAUAGAUAAUGUAGUAAAUGCUGCCUGCCUGUUGGCCAAGCACAGGAAAGCCAAUACGUUGGAUGUGAAAGAUGUGCAGUUGCACCUAGAGCGUAACUGGAACAUGUGGAUCCCAGGCUUUGGCUCUGAGGAAGUAAGACCAUUUAAAAAAUCUGUAACAACAGAGGCACAUAAACAGAGAUUGGCACUCAUCAAGAAAACUUUAAAGAAAUAUUAGUUGCAUUAUUCAUUAGAUAUUAAGAUGUAUAUUUCACAUUUUGCUUGAAGAAAGACUGUAUGUACACAUAUGCACUCUGAUACUCUGGAUAUGACAUCUGGGCUGAAGGAUCUCAACACAUUUUCAAUUAACUGUGUAAAUCUUAGCUGUUUAAGUUGCUUGAUAUUCUAGAUUGAUUGAUUAAUUGGUGGAUUAUUGUCGACUUGCGAAUGACAUUGUGCACUUGCACUCUAAGCAUUUUAGGACUUCCAUGGUCAAACCAUUCUGUUGAACCAGUGGUCUAAACACAAGGUUAUUGGCUGAUUUAAUAUAAUUGUAUUGUUCUUGCAUCAAAAAGAUGGCAGAAUUCUGUAAGAGAGUUUGGAUUUGUUAUUUCUAUGAAGCAUCACAACUGCUUCCCAUGGAAGCUAUGUGCACUGGAUCAGCUGUAAAACUUUUUUUUUUUAAUACAAAAGCUAUGACUUGAUGAUAAUUUUGUAAAAUCAAGAUUUUUGUCAUUUGUAUCGAUGGGGUCUUUAUUAAGUAAUGUGAAACAUUAGUUAAUUGCUAUACUUUUGUAAUUAAUGCAAUAUUCAAGGUGACCGUAUGUUGGAGUUUUGUAUUUUCCCAAAUGAUCAUGAAUGAUAACAAAAACAAUCAUAUAUUUAGAGUUGUAAAUCUAACAAAAUCAAUAUUAAAGGAUGUAUACCCUUGAAUGUAGGGUAGUGUGCCUUGAAGUGCAGAAUAAUACACAGAAUCCAAGAUUUCUCCUUAUUUCGGUAUUAUUUUUGGGUUACUUAUUAUUGGUGCAUGAAAAGGACUAUGCUGAUCAAAAUGUUGAUAAUGGGUAUAGCUGGAAUUGUCCACAGGUUUAAUUUUUUACCUGGAAGUGUAUAACAUCAAUUGGGCAUAGAAAGUAAUCAAUUUGGGGAAUAAAAGCUGCAGAUGUCAUCACAAAAAAUGGUGUAGUUAUCAACAGAAGGAGAAUCUGGUACAUUUUUGACAAGAUUUCUUUCACCAAUGUGAGGCAGUUUUGUUUACUUAAGUCCAGUGAUAUUGAUGUAAUUUAAUGUUAGGCAGGUGUUUUUGAAUUACUUUUUCUCCAACCAAUUUUUAUUUUCAUUAGAAAUUGGAGGGGGUAAAAUAAAAAAAUGCCAAAAUAA